AUGGCGGCGCGGGCGGCCCCGCCGCGCCUCAUAAACGGCUCGAGCCGCGCGCCCAUUGGCCCGCGCCCGCCUUGGCCCCGCCCACUCGGCUACAUCCGCGCUCCCAUUGAUGUUGCCGCAGAUGUUCCCGUCGCCGCCGGGAAGUGCCUCCUUGCGGCCCCUCCCCACCCGCAUCCAGAUGUGCGGGGGGGACCCAAGAAGCGCCGGGUGGAAUCCCUGCAUCCAGAUGUUGACCCCCUGAAUCCAGAUGUGGCGCCCCGGAAUCCAGCUGUGCCCCUGGCGGGCGGCGCCAGCCCAGAUGUGGAAGGGAAGCGCUGGCAUCCAGAUGUUGCCGGCGCUCAGAACGGCUGCCGGGGGUCGGUGGUGGACAGCGAUACAGAUGUGGAGGAAGAGCUCCUUCCAGAUGUUGAGCGGUGCCGAAGGGCCCCUGCGUUGCCCUCUGCCGAUCCAGAUGUUGAGGAGCCCCAAAAGAGGCGCUGGAAAAUGUCGGACAGUGAUACAGAUGUGGAGGAAGAGCUCCUUCCAGAUGUUGGGGGGCACCGAAGAGCCCCUGCGUUACCCUCUGCCAAUCCAGAUGUUGAGGAGCCCCAAAAGGGGCGCUGGAAAGUGUCAGACAGUGAUACAGAUGUGGAGGCGGAGCUCCUUCCAGAUGUUGAGCGGCGCCGAAGGGCCCCUGCGUUGCCCUCCGCCAAUCCAGAUGUUGAGGAGCCCCAAAAGAGGCGCUGGAAAGUGUCAGACAGUGAUACAGAUGUGGAGGCGGAGCUCCUUCCAGAUGUUGAGCGGCGCCGGAGGGCCCCUGCGUUGCCCUCCACCGAUCCAGAUGUUGGGGAGCCCCAAAAGAGGCGCUGGAAAGUGUGGGACAGCGAUCCAGAUGUGGAGGAGGUCGCUCCCCAUCCAGAUGUUGGGGGGGCGGAGCCCCGCCUGGCGGCACCACAUCUGGAGGGCCCAUGGGGGGGCGGUUGGACGCUGGUGGUGGACAGCGAUACAGAUGUGGAGGAGGAGGGGGUGAAUCCAGAUGUGGGGCGCCUCGGGGCCGCCCCGUCGGUCUCCGCCCAUCCAGCUGUGUCGGCGCGGAAUGCCCAUCCAGCUGUUGAAGGCCGUCCCGGUGCGCUGGAGGUGGGCAGCGAUACAGAUGUGGAGGAGGAGGAGGAAGGGGCGAAUCCAGAUGUUGUCGCCGCCGGGCGCCCCCGGACACCUCGAAACAUCUGGAGGGCCCCAACGGUGGUGAUGGAGACCCCCAGCCCAGAUGUUGGCGGCUCUGACAGCGAUACAGAUGUGGAGGAGAGCGGAGCCCUCGCAGCUGGCGGGGCCGGGCGGGGCCGCGGCCCAGAUGUGCCCCUCCUGCCCCCUCCAGAUGUUUCCCCUCCCGCCAGCGGCAGCGACACCGAUCUGGAGGAGGAGGUGGCCCCCACGCCAGAUGUUCGGAGGCGAAUCCGGCCGCGCUGGCGGCCCCGUCCAGAUGUUGGGGGCCCUUUUCCACCUGUGGAGGCCCCAAAUCCAGAUGUUGGGGACCCUUUUCCACCUGUGGAGGCCCCAAAUCCAGAUGUUGGGGACCCUAUUCCACCUGUGGAGGCCCCAAAUCCAGAUGUUGGGGGCCCUAUUCCACCCGUGGAGCCCCCGAAUCCAGAUGUGGAUCCAGAGACGCCGAUCCCCCCUGUGGAGGCCCCAAAUCCAGAUGUUGGGGACCCUUUUCCACCUGUGGAGGCCCCAAAUCCAGAUGUUGGGGGCCCUUUUCCACCUUUGGAGGCCCCAAAUCCAGAUGUUGGGGGCCCUAUGCCACCUGUGGAGGCCCCAAAUCCAGAUGUGGAACCAUUGAAUGUGGAUCCAGAGACUCCGAUUCCACCUGUGGAGGCCCCAAAUCCAGAUGUUGGGGACCCUCUUCCACCUGUGGAGGCCCCAAAUCCAGAUGUUGGGGGCCCUUUUCCACCUGUGGAGGCCCCAAAUCCAGAUGUUGGGGACCCUAUUGCACCUGUGGAGGCCCCAAAUCCAGAUGUUGGGGGCCCUAUGCCACCAGUGGAGGCCCCAAAUCCAGAUGUGGAACCAUUGAAUGUGGAUCCGGAGCCGCCGAUCCCACCUGUGGAGGCCCCAAAUCCAGAUGUUGGGGGCCCUAUGCCACCCGUGGAGCCCCCGAAUCCAGAUGUGGAUCCAAAGCCGCCGAUCCCACCUGUGGAGGCCCCGAAUCCAGAUGUUGGGGGCUCUAUUCCAUCCGUGGAGGCCCCAAAUCCAGAUGUUGGGGGCCCUAUUCCAUCCGUGGAGGCCCCAAAUCCAGAUGUGGAACCACCGAAUGUGGGUCCAGAGCUGCCGAUCCCACCUGUGGAGGCCCCAAAUCCAGAUGUUGGGGGCCCUAUUCCACCUGUGGAGGCCCCGAAUCCAGAUGUGGAUCCAAAGCCGCUGAUCCCACCUGUGGAGGCCCCAAAUCCAGAUGUUGGGGGCCCUAUUCCACCCGUGGAGCCCUCGAAUCCAGAUGUUGAGCCCUCCGUUGCGGAUGUGGUGCCUCCAAAUCCAGCUGUGGCGCCGCCAAAAGGACCCCCGGGGCCUUCGGAUCCAGAUGUGGAGGCCCAAAGUGGAUCUCCUCCAGCUCUGGAAUGGGAUCCGGAGGCACCGACUCAGCUCUUCAUCACCAACGAGGAGGAAGAGGAGGAGGAGGAGGAGAAGGAGGAAGAGAAGGACCAUCCGGAGGUCCUCCGGAAGCCCAUGGAGACCAAGAUCUCACGUUCUCCUCGACGAGGACCUCCCACCACCAUGGAAUGGGAUCCGGAGGCACCAACUCAGCUCUUCAUCACCAACGAGGAGGAAGAGGAGGAGAAGGAGGAGGAAGAGAAGGACCACCCGGAGGUCCUCUGGAAGCCCACGGAGACGAAGAUCUCACGUGGCCACCUGGAUCUUCAACGAGGAUCUCCCACCACCAUGGAAUGGGAUCCGGAGGAAGAGGAGAAGAAGGAGAAGGAGGAGGAAGAGUGGAACCAUCCGGAGGUCCUCCGGAAGCCCACGGAGACCAAGAUCUCACGUUCUCCUCGACGAGGACCUCCCACCACCAUGGAAUGGGAUCCGGAGGCACCAACUCAGCUCUUCAUCACCAACGAGGAGGAAGAGGAGGAGAAGAAGGAGGAGAAGGAGGAGAAGGAGAAGAAGGAGGAGGAGAAGGAGGAGAAGGAGAAGAAGGCUCCGACCCACCCGGAGCCAUCUCGGACCCCUUUGGAGGUGACGGUGACGUCGGCGCAGGACGGAGCGGUGACAGCAGCAGCUCCUGGUGGGGCGACUCUUCGCCGCAGCUCUCGCCUGGCCGGGACCCGAGGGGGCGUGGCCAGACCCCGAGGGGGCGUGGCCUCUUCUGAUCCCGCCCCCACGCGGCGCAGCCCUCGCCUCCGCGCGCGGCCGCUCGCCGGGGGGCGGGGCCAGGACGAGCCACGCCCCCUCCCGGAGGAGCCACCAAUCACGAGGAGGCGGAGCCAAGGGGAGACACGCCCACAAGCGCGGGAGCUGCCGGUCAUGAAGGGGCGGGGCCAGGAGCCGCCGGCCAAGAGGGGGCGGGGCCAAGAGGAGCCACGCCCCCAAGCCAAGGAGGAGCCGCCGAUCAAAAGGGGGAGGAGCCAAGCGGAGCCACGCCCCCCCGCACAGGAGCCGCUGCUCACAAAGGGUCAGGAGCAGCCAAUCACGAGGGGGCGGAGCCAGAGGAAGCCACGCCCACUAGCCCACGAGCUGCCGGCUGCGAGGGGGCGGAGCCAAGAGGAGCCCCGCCCCUCUGACCCAGUGGGCGGAGCCGGGUCGGAGGGGGCGGGGCCCCAGGAGCAGCCCCGGCUCCGCCCUCGCUGGGGCACAGGAUCCGCCCCCCCCAAGGUGCUCUUCACGGGGGUGGUGGCCUCGGCAGCCAUGGUGACGUCCCUCGAGUCCUUGGGGGGGUCGGUGGCCACCUCGGUCCAUGACUGCACCCACCUGGUGACCGACCGCCUCCGACGCACCGUCAAGUUCCUCUGCGCGGUGGCCCGCGGCGUCCCCAUCGUCACCCCCGAGUGGCUCCACAAGAGCGCCAGCGGUGGCCGCGUCCUCGCCGCCGGUCCUUUCGUGGUGAAGGACGCGGAGCAGGAGGAGAAGAUGGGCCUCACUUUGGCCGAGGUCCUACGGCGCUCCCGACGUCACCCUCUGCUCCAGGGUUAUGAGGUCCACGUCACCCCCAACGUCCGCCCCGACCCGGAGCAGAUGAAGGACAUCAUCACCUGCGGUGGAGGAACCUUCUUGGCCACCAUGCCCGACACCUACCGGGCGCGGCGCCUGGUGCUGUCGUGCCCGCAGGAUUCGGGGCGUUGGGCUCCCGCCAUGGCCGCCCGCGUCCCCAUCGCUUCGGCCGAGCUGCUGCUGACGGGGCUUCUGCGGCACCGCCUCCAACUGCCGCCAUUCCUGCUCGGAACCCCGAGUUGAGGCACCCCCAAAACCACCACCCCCCACACC